AUGGCAACAGCACCAAUUAAUUUCAGGGAUAAAGUGGCCAAGACGUAUGCGAUGGCUCAGAGAAUUCACCAAGAAUCAAGUUCUAUUACUGAGCAAGUAGCGCUCGUUGAGAAUCUGCUAUCACAACCACGACAACAAGAAAAUCACCACCAAAACAAUAGUGAAAAAAGCAACAACAAUGUGAACAAGAGCUUUGGAAAACGUCGCCAGGUAAUUCGAAACUCGCUCAUAGCUCACACGAACCAGCUCGUGGAAGCUUUACUGGAAUUCUCUGCGUCAUCAUCCAUUGUCAUUAUCGAGAAGAAAUUCGCCCAAUUCAAUUACAACCAUAACAGCGCCGUUCUUUGUACUAAGAAUAAGACUGAUAAUCGGCAAUCACUUGCCCCCCAACCACUUCCACCUUCUUCUUUACUCCCAUCACACCAGCGACAAGAGCACUGUCGUCACAAAAAAUCGGCUACCACUACCACCAUAACCGCUGUUGCUGCUGCUGGAAAAGAUCGCAUGGAGCUUGUCAACAACGGAGCACCUGUACCACCUGAGAACCACAACAACAACGCGGCAUCAUUAGCAGAAGAACAAAUCCAAAAGCAGCAGCACAUGGUGAUGGAUACGGAUCGCCCAGCUCCCAUCAAGAUGCUUGUAUAUAAGCUCGCUGAGCCUUAUACGUUUCCUUGCCUUAAACUGCCUCUCUACGUAAUGUCUGCCCUCCUCCGAUAA